AUGCAACAAGCUAAUGUUGGUUUCUUCUCAAAGAUUAAGGAAAACUAUAGCACAAAGUUUUCAAAUUUGUCGUUGACAAGUGGACACACAGAGAAAGACGGUUCUUCUGAUGACUCUACUUUAAUUCAUAAUUCAUUAGUUAAAUACUACGAUUCUAAGGGAUUACCCUAUCCCGAAUGGUUGGGAGUGAAGGUUUCAGCUCAACCAAGAAACUCGCAAUCACAGGGCCAUCCACAGGGACAUGCACAGGGCCAAUUUCAUCCCCAUAGUCAACCGCAACCUCAAUCUCAAUUUCAACCAAUUCGUCACAAUAAUUCAUAUAAUAAUAGUUACAGCCAGCAACAACAGCAGCAGCAACAACACCAGCAACACCAGCAUCUCUAUACCGAGAGAACACCUAGUCCAAACGAGACAACAUCUUACAGAUCGUCGAGUAGGUUACAAGACAUGUACAACAAAUCUCGUCAACAAUCCUUGCCCGGAUCUACGUAUAAACAAACCGCAGCCGGCUAG